AAGCUUGUCAACAUCAGCAGCAACGACAUCGUCGAUGGCAACCAGAAACUGACCCUCGGCCUCGUCUGGUCAAUCAUUCUCCACUGGCAGGUGAAGGAUGUUAUGAAGGACCUCAUGGAUGACCUACGACAGACCAAUCUGGAGAGGACCCUGCUGGUGUGGUGUCGACAGUCCACGCAGGGGUAUGCAGAGGUAGAUGUUAAAAACUUCACAACAAGUUGGAGGUCAGGACUGGCCUUCAAUGCUCUCAUCCACAGAUACAAACCAGAGUUGUUCAGCUAUGACCGUCUGCUGCCCCGAUCCCCGGAGGAAAGACUCGAGCAUGCCUUUACAGUGGCUUAUGAGAAACUGGCUGUGGACAAGCUGUUGGACCCAGAGGAUGUGAACGUUGAAACGCCUGAUAAGAAGUCAGUGAUGAUGUACCUGAUGUGCCUGUUCAAGGUGCUGCCCCAUUCUGACAUCCCCCUAGACCAGGACCUUGACCUGCCCCUCUCCCCUGCCACGCCCCUCAGUCCGGGGACCAGCUCACUGACUGGGUCAGGGAGGGUUGGCAUACAGGAGUCAAAGACAUCAGGGAUGGCUGCCUCCCUGAGCUCGACUUCGAGUCGUCAGAGCACGAUGAGUUCUUCAGGCUCGGUUGACCUACUUUCAUACCAGGACGCUCUGGAGAAUGUUCUCACAUGGCUGCUUGAGGCCGAAGAGGUGAUUGACAAACAGGAACCACUUGGAGAGACCGUGACUGUGGUCAAGAUGCAGUUUAGUGAACAUGAGGCUUUUAUGUUGGAGCUUACUAAGCACCAAGACAGUAUAGGGACCGUGCUGCGUGACGGUAACGACCUCAUUGUGGAGGGCAAAGUCAAGGUAGAUGAAGAGAACGAGAUACGUGUGCAGAUGGGUCUGCUGAACAACCGCUGGGAGGAGUUGAGGCUGAAAGCACUUGAGAGGCAGAGCAAACUUCAAACCUCCCUCAUGUCCCUACAGCAACAACAGCUUGAUGACUUGGCAGAAUGGUUAACAAAGAUGGAGGCUCGGAUCAGUGUCGAGCGGAAGCUUGGCUCAGAUUUGGUCCAGAUCAGGCAGCAAAUUGAGGAGCACAGAAAGCUUCAGGGUGAACUUGAUCAGCAGCAAAAGAAGGUAGACAGUCUGCAGAACAUGGUGGUUGUUGUGGAUGAUAACAACACAGAGUCAGCCUGUGAGGCGAUGGAGGCCCAGUUACAGAGGCUGGGAAAGCGCUGGGCGGCCAUAUGUCACUGGACGGAGGAGCAGUGGCUCCUUCUACAGCAGGUGCUUGUUAAGUGGCAGAACUUCUCCGAGGACAAACUUGCGUUUGCUGACUGGCUGUCCGACAGGGAAACACUGAUCCAGAAAAUGAGGGCCGCUGAUUUGUCCGAGACUGAUGUAGCCAUCAAGCAAGUUCAAGAUUUAAAGACAAUAGAGCGGGACAUGGUGGUGCAGGUGCAGAAGUUUGAGGACCUGUAUGAGAUAGGUCAGCAGAUCGUCCAGUGUGUGGACAAUGAGGAAGCGGUCAAGAAGAUCUCUGCUGACCUCGAGGCAUUCCAGGACAGAUGGAAACGACUCGUCGAGAACAUGGAACUCCAGAGCAAAAAGAUUGUCGGCCUAGGUCUGGAGCUCGGUGACGUUCCCGAGGUUGCCGAGGAGACAGAGGUUAGUGAGGUCAGUGCCAGGCUGCAGAGCGCCGACCCAGUGGCAGCAAAGAAGCGCCGCGUGGACCCGUCAAUCCGACUGGAGUUUGAACAGGAAGUAGCCCAACUUGGUGCCUGGUUUGAGAAGGUUGAGUCUGCGCUGGAGUUGCUGUCACAAGACGAAGGGGCCGGGGAGGAAUCCUUUACCCCUGAGGAACAGAUGGUGUUGAUUGAGGACUCACAGAAUGAGAUAGACACCCAGUCCAGCAGUGUAGAGCGCCUUCUGCGACAGGGAAGAGCACUAGAACAGCAGCUGCUGGAUGCUGGAGAUUCCCCAGAGAUUGUAACCAUAGCAACAAAUAAAAUAGAGAAACGCUGGAAUGCCCUGAAGACUCUGUUGAGUGCCACACAGACAUUAGUGGAAAUGAACUUGAACAUGAAGAAGUUUUAUGAUGAGUUAAAGUCCUUGCAAGAGUUAGUGACAGGCUAUGAAAAGUGGGUCGUUUCAGUGGAAUCUGUGACUGAUGAAGGGUCUGAUGUUAACCGUCAAAUUGAACAGUCCAAGGUGAAACAGAAGUCAAUGAAAUCUCAGCAGGACCGUGUGAGUAAACUUGCAGCGUUGGCCAAGAAUCUGUCCACCACCUCAAACUCUGUCAGACAGGAUUUUGACUCAUUCCAUCAUCGUUGGAACACUGCACUGCACAAAAUAGGUGAGCGACAGAGGGCCCUCACUGAUCUCUUGGAGCGUCAGCCGCCCAAGGCCUACAUUGAGGCCAUGGAUGCCCUGCUGAGGUGGCUGGAGAACAAUGAGGAGGUUAUCCAGUCCGAAAAGUUUGUCGUCAAGGAGUUACCUUCUUUGGAGAAACAGCUGAAACAUUUCAAAACCCUGGGUGAAGAUCUCCAUGAGCAGAAGAGUAGUAGAGAUUAUUUGAGCAGGACAGGAAGUGACCUUAUUAGCAAAGGUGCCUCUGGGGAAAAAGCCUCUAAACUGGAGACAGAUUUAAAGCUGCUCACUAGCAGAUGGAAUAGUGUGUCUGCUGCCAUGGAAACCAGAAUCAGAGACUUGGAAACAGCUGUUCAACAACUCAAGGAGUAUACUACUCUGCGGCAAGGGCUAAUGACGUGGAUGAAGGAAAUGGACGUCUUUCUUCAUGCUGAGGACCCCACAAAAGGCGAUCUUCCCACUCUGCAGGCUCAACUGGAAGAGAACACUCGAGUCCAGAAGGACAUUAAAACACUGCAGAAAAAUAUGGACGAUAUCAAUCACCUGUUCCGCUCACUUUCGUUAAACAUUGACCCUGUUUAUGGUGCUAAGCUUUCAGAAGAAGUGGAGGAGUUGAACACGAACUGGAAUAAAGUUUUAAUUCUCUCGGAACAGCAGCACGAUAGAUUGAAAGGGUCACUGGACUUGAGUGAAGAAAUAUAUCGGGAGAUUCGACGGAUCAUUUCGUGGCUUGAGCCAAUCAGAGAUGAGAUUUCUAACAAGGAUUAUUCUGUGCAAAGCUUGAGUGAUUUACAGGUGAAGAACAAGCGCUUUAAGACGCUGAGGACAGAGAUGACAGGUAAAGAGUCAGAGGUGAAGCAGCUGACAGACGAUGCCAACGAGAUGUUGAGCACGGCGCCGUCUGGUUCCCUGCAGGACCUGGCACGGUCCCUGAUGCGUAUGAGUGCCAUGUGGACCCACACUCUUCAGCAGGUGGAACACUACUAUAAGCUGUUCCUCACCUCGGAGCAGAACUGGCGGGAAUUUAAAAAUGCCCUUGGUGAUGAAAACCGUUAUCUGGAUAGACUGGAAACGAAAAUCAAGCAUGCAACAUCUGUCAGUACAGAUGCAGAAGAAAUAUCUGAAUACAUGGAUGACAUAGAGUCAUUUACGUCUGAGCAUACCACAGAGAACCGAGCCCUCAUUGAGGAGUUGAAACAGGAAAUGAUUGUCAACAGCAUCUUGUCAGAUCAGAUCACUUCAGAGUCUGAUGUCUACGUGAAACGCCUGGAAAACCUAGAAAAACAGGCAAAAGAAACAAUCAAGAAGAUGGAAGAGUCCAUCAAUGAAGCGCAGGCGGUUGAGAAGGAGCUUUUAGAGCUGUCUAAAUGGCUGACAGUGGUGGACAAGGAGAUACAGAACAGACUCGACGCAGACGUGUUGGCAGGCGACAUACCUGAGGAGAGUGAACAAAUGAAGGAGGAGUUUCGUCAGCAAGAGGAGUUGAUUAUCUCUCUUGAAAAGAAGUCUGCUGAGUACAAGGCAGUGGGAAAACUGGAUGCAGCCCGUAGAAUUGAGUACCAGCUGCAGAGAAUUAAGAGAAGCAUGGCAGACCUGAACGUGAAGUUCCAAAAAUUUCAACGACCAGCAGAUUUUGAGCCAAAGCAGAACCACGUGAAGCGAGAGCUGAACAAUAUUCAGGAGCGCAUGUAUAUGCUCGAGAUUCAUGCAGAAGAUCUGGACUUGCUGCAGGCCAAACAUGACCAAUGCAUGAAAUUCUACACAACGAUGAGUGAGUUGAAGUCCGAAGUAGAGUAUGUCAUAAAGACUGGACGCCACAUUGUGGAGAAACGACAGGUGGACUUUCCUGAUAAACUGAGCAAACAACUGGAUGCAUUGAAACAGCAAUACAACGUUAUUGGAGCUCAGGUAACGGAGGGCAAGACAAAGAUAGAGAAGACACUGAAGCUGUACAAGAAACUGAGGAAGGAGCUGUCUGCUGUGCAGGACUUCAUCACGCGUAGCAACCACGAGCUGGACACACGUGAGAGGGCAGACACCACUGGGACCUUAAACAGGCAGAAGGACCUCUCCUUUGCCAAGGCAACCCUACAGGAGAUUAUGAAGCGCCAUUCUCUGCUGACCUCCAUGCGCGACCUCGUGACCCAGAUAAGUGACCUUACAGAGGAGGGCACAGGUCUGGUUGAGCUGGGAACCAACUUGGAUAACCUCUCACACCAGUGGAACCAACUCUCAGAGAGGCUCACAGCCUGGAUACAGAAACUGCAGACGACAGCCCCAGUGAACGUUGACGAAAAGUUCACUCAGUUCCAGACUCAGUGCCUGAAGGUCAAGGACUGGAUGUCCCAGACAGAGUCUGUGCUGCAGACACAUGACUCUCUGCCAGCGGAACAUCAGGUGUCGGACUUCUGGAUCUCCAAACUGCAGACAGUGCAAAAAGACUGUGUAGACAAGGCCAGUGAGGUGGAGACCAUGCGUGAAUGUGCCAUGUCCAUACUCAACAAGAAUGACCAGUUCACCAGCAUGGUUGAGCCGGAGCUUACCUUCAUCAACCAGCGAUGGGCAGAAAUCACCGCUCGAUUGAAGGAAAAGAUUGCAAAAGGCCAAGAAAUGGACGAGGCGAGAAAACCAACCCCUCCCUCAUCUCCCAAGUAUGUUGAGCACACAGAGGUCAAGGUUGAGUUCACCAAGACAACUGUUGUCAAGACAACUACAUCAGAGUUCACGACCUCAAUGACCUCUGUAUCUUCUGGUGCAAUAUCGCCUAUAUCCACCACAGUGUCUGACACUGAAUUCCCUCCCGCUCACACUCCGGAAAUCUCAGAAGAUUUUUCUAAAAGCAAGGUGGUUGUCGCCCACUCAACUAGCCCGUUAAAAUCACCAGAGUUGAAAGAGAGCGACCUUGAGAGUUCAUCCCGCAAGUUUCAUUCCCUGUACGAGAUCGCCAUGGAGAUGAUAGAGAAUUAUCAACGAGAGGUGCUCAACCGUGGCGAGCUCCAGCCCAGGGAUGUCACUGGAGACUUGCAGGAUAACGCUAAGAGCUUGGAUGUGAAUGUGACGCACAUGUCACAGCAGAUAGACCACCUGCUGGUGCAGGGGUACUCGUUGUCACUACAACUAGAACACCAAGAUCCAGUGGAGAGUCUGCGAGUGCAGGCGGAGGUGGAACAGCUCAAAGAUGCCUGGGACUCUGUGAAGGCAGACACGGAGCGCAAGAGGAGGCUACUGGUCGUCAUAGCGCCCCAGUGGUCAAAGUUUUUGUUGGCCGCCCGUGACCUUAGCAUGAACCUAGAUGCCAUGGAUACCAACAUCAAGGUUGCCAACAUCAAUCGGGAAAUCCAUAAGGCAUUUGAAGACGAGUUAAGACGACGUCAGCGCGACCUUGAAGCCCUGCACAAGCAGGGGCAACAACUCCGUGAGCAAGGUGCAGCAGCCAUAGCCGAGCCAGAGAUAGAACGCCUGCAGAGGCAAUGGCAGGACAUCAGCAACCAUGUUGCCAUGAUACAGUACCCACCAGUCACCAUGGCAGCAGGCGACCCUCAAGGUCAUGGGCAGGUAACCAGGACAACCACAACAGUUGUGCAGUCCAACAUAACAAGGGCCGGGUCUCCAAGGUCAGCGGCACAGUUUAAGGUCGACGCCAGACGGCUCUCUGAUCAAAUUACGGACAUAAAUCGGCAGCUUACUGGACCGGAACUCGGAGGAAAAGAUUUCGAUGAUUUUACCAAGCAGGAGGAUAUUCUUAAGGGCAUUCAAUGGCACAGGGAGGUACAAAAGCGCCUGGAGGAUUCAAAGGCGGGAAUCGAUCGUCUGGAUCAGGAAAGGGAUGAUGUGUGUCGCCAAUGUGAGGCCGACGAGAGAAAGAGGCUCCGCCUACUUGUGGACAACCUUCACGCGACCUGGACGGAGAUUAACGAGGCUUAUACUGACAGACACAGACGAUGGACACGGGCUGCAGAACAGUGGCGCCAGUACCACAAGGAUGUCACCAUGGUGACCAAGUGGCUGACAGAAACAGAACUAAAAUUAGCAGACCUGAAACUGCUGCACGACUUCGACAACAAACUUAUAGAGAAAUCGUAUGGGGAUAUCGAGGUCAGCAUGCAGGGUAUGCAGGGCACGGUAGAUUCCAUGAACAACAUCGGGAACGAGAUCAUGAGACAGUCAGCAGCUCCUAACUUAAACACCAUGAAGGAAAAGCUGGAGUCUCUCAAUGCACGCUGGAAGAGUAUUGAAAUGGACCUUCAACAGAGUCAUGAAAAACUGGAGCAGUCAAGCGUACGUACCAGUGAGUUCACUGAUGACAUGGAUGAGCUGUUUUUCUGGAUUGACGAGACAGAAAACAUAAUGUCCACACAGCUGCAGCUUGAUGAACACUUCCUGGAGGACCUGCUCGAGAAAAUCAGGGACAGAGAGGAUGACAUUGCUGUGAAGAAGCAGAAUGUUGAGGCAGUAAACCGGAGCGGAUCAACCCUAGUACAACAGGCAGGAAUGAGCACGGAGGACAGGGAGAACAUACACAAGGACCUUGAUAAUCUCAACAACCGCUGGAGGAAGGUGAUGAAUGAGAUCCCAGAUGCCAUACACAGUGUAGAGAAACAUCUCCAGCAGCUGCGAGCGUUCCUCUCGGGCUUGGACGACCUUCAGAAGUGGGUGAUUGGCACACGGGAGGUGCUCACUGCGAGGCACGCCCAGUCAGCCACCAGUGUGGAUGAGCAGGACUCAAUCAUAGUGGAUCCACAGACAACACAAGAUGCAGUGAAAGCUAAACAGGCCAAUAUCAACUCCCUGAAUCAGACUGGUGUGGCCCUACAGAGGGAUUUCAAGACUUCUCAGUUGCCCCCAACUGUCCAGCACAAACUAGACAUGCUGAAUUCUGAUUGGUUGAUUGUGAAGGACCUCGCUGAGCGAAUGGAGCCCACCCCUCUGGACUCGUCUGUUCAUGAAGUGUUUACCCAAGUAAAAGGCUCCAAAGUUCAGGCCACAAUUCAUGCCCAAAUGAGCUUAAUAUCAGAUGACAAACCUGAUUGGUCGGAUUUCAACCAAUCAGUGGCUGAGUUGAGUGAUUGGCUGAAACUCCUUGAAAGAAUGCUGAAGUCACAGCGGGUCACAGUGGGAGAUAUGGAGGAAAUAGAGGAACUCUCAAACAAACAGAAGGGUUAUCUAGGGGAGAUGGAGGACAGGAAGUUGAGACUGAUGGACAUCCAGAUGUCUGCUGCAGAGAUCACAGACCCCUCCCUCAGUGAGGCAGAGAGGAAGACCAUCACAGAGAAAGCCGAGAGGCUUCAGGAUCAAUGGGACCAGGCAUUGUCAAGCGCGAUGAAACGUCAGUCGGAGCUGGACAAUAUGGCCUCCCAGUGUCAGCAGUUUGAGGAAAUGCAUGCAGAGUUUGAUUGCUGGCUGACCAGUGUUGAAGGGGAGCUUGCAAUGGACACGCCUGCAAAUCUGAACACCCAAAGGCUUAAGAAACAAAAUAAGACCCUGGAGGUGGAAGUGUCUGACUGGCAGCAGAGGGCAGACCGGUUGAAGGAGCUGGCUAACCAGCUGAUAGAGAGGUACCCCACAGAUGACUCCAGUCUCAUCAACCUCCAGGUGCAGAAAACAUUUGACAGGUGGACAGCUGUGCUCAACAAACUUGCAAGCAACAUAAAGGCUGCAGACAAGAGCCUGCAGUCUCUGGAACAGUUUACCGGUGCCCUGGAGGAGUUUCUGUCUUGGAUGCAGGGAACCGAGUACAGCUUUGACCGCCUAAUGCAGGAAACUGGCAAGGCAGACGUCAUAGGAAAUGAGGAGCUUUGCAGCCUCUACUUGGGAGAGUUUCGGGACCUGCAAGCGGAGGUAGACAGCCACCAGGCCACAUAUGACUCCCUGAACUCUGCUGGGAACCAGCUGGCCCAAAGAAUGGUGGGAACCGACAUCCAGCAGCUACACAAGCGCCUUGAGGAGAUGAACCAGCGCUGGCUCAGCCUCAUGACCAAAUCUAUGCAAAUUAGGGGUCGUUUGGAGACAAAUGCUGAACAGUGGUUACGACUGCUGCACACCAUAGAGGACCUGUUGGCAUGGAUACUGAGGAAGCAACAUGAUCUAAAGGCACAGAGACCUGUUGGGGGAGACAACUCAUCCCUGAAGAAACAGCUUGAUACCAACCAGAAACUGUGGGAGCAACUGAACCUGAAGGUCCCCCUGGUGGAGCAGACAUUGUCUGCAGGGCGCCAGUAUCUGCAGGAGGAGGGGGAGGACAGCAGACUCAGUGUGGACAGCGGUGACAGCUCAGCAGACACAGGCGACACAGUCAGCUUGGAGAAGUCCCCAGAACGAGAUGCUCGGCAGCUGAUUGUGAAGAUCCGACAGCAGAUCCGUCUGCUCAACAGGAAGUGGGUGGAGCUCAAUCAGGGAUGCAAGCAAUGGCAGGCUGUACUGGAUGAGGUCUCAGAGAAAAUGACAUACUUCCAAGAUGCUAUGGAUGAUCUCAAGGAGAGCCUUACAAAAGCUGAGAACGAGAAGAACACAUGGAAACCUGUAGCAGAUAUCCUUAUAGAGAACCUGCAGUAUGAGAUAGAGAAAACUAAGACAUAUCAACAGGCAGUGGCCCCCAUACAGGGUCAGGUGGACAAUGUGAAUGACCAUGUGAAUGACUUUGAAUCUGCCAAUGUUAUACUCACCCAUGUCAUAGUGCACAAACUAGAAGACUACAAAACAAGAUGGAAAGAAAUCCAGUUGUCUGCAGAAGACAGAUUAAAGAAUUUACACGAUGCCUUGAGAACUUUCGGACCUAACUCCCAGCAUUUCCUCUCUGCCUCGGUAGAACUUCCCUGGGAGAGGUCGGUCGCUGGAAAUAAAGUGCCUUACUAUGUCAAUCACACCAAGAAGACGACCCACUGGGACCAUCCCGAGAUGACCCAUCUCAUGGACGCACUCAACGAUCUCAACAACGCUCGCUUUGCUGCAUACAGGACCGCGAUGAAACUGAGGCUUGUCCAGAAAAAGCUCUGUUUGGAUCUGGUGGACAUGAAAGUUGCUACAGAAAAGUUUGAUGAGCAGGGCAUACGGGGUCAUAAUGACAAGCUGAUGGACGUUGUGGAGAUCAUCAACUGUCUGUCGGCCAUGUACGAGUCGUCUGGCCGCAACAACGAUGUGCCUCUCUGUGUGGAUCUUGUGCUCAACUGGAUGCUAAACGUCUAUGACAUAACUCGAAGUGGGAAGAUAAGAGUGCUGUCAUUCAAAGUGGGCAUUAUUUUGAUGUGCAAUGGACAUGUGGACGAUAAGUAUAAAUUCCUGUUUCGCCUGAUCGCAGACAAGAACGGUCUCACAGACCAGCGCAAGCUGGGUCUUCUGCUUCAUGACUGCAUGCAGUUACCACGGCAACUAGGCGAGGUGGCUGCUUUCGGUGGCAGCAAUGUGGAACCCAGCGUGCGCAGCUGCUUUGAGAAGGCGUCUGGCAAGCCCGAGAUAGAGCUGAAGCACUUUCUGGAGUGGCUGCGCCAGGAGCCCCAGUCCCUGGUCUGGGUCCCUGUUAUGCACAGGCUGGCAGCCGCAGAGAACGCCAAACACCAGGCCAAGUGCAAUAUCUGCAAAACCUUCCCAAUCAUCGGACUAAGGUACCGAUGUCUUCGGUGCUUCAGCUUUGACAUCUGUCAGAACUGCUUCUUCUCCGGCCGUAAAGCCAAACACCACAAACUGACUCAUCCUAUACAGGAAUACUGCACCACUACCUCAUCAGGUGAAGAUAUUCGUGACUUCACUAAAGUCAUGAAAAACAAAUUCAAGACGAAGAGCCAUUUCCGUAAACCUCGUCUGGGUUACCUACCUGUACAGACCGUCCUAGAGGGCGACAUGUUAGAAAGCCCCGCCCCGUCGCCCCAGCACAGCAUAUCCCAGGACAUGCAUUCCCGUCUGGAGCAGUAUGCCAACCGUCUGGCCGAGGUGGAGCAACGCCAGCAGCAGGCAACCAUUCCAGAGGAAAAUGAGGAGCAUAACCUGAUAGCACAGUACUGCCAGAGUCUGAAUGGGGACAAAUCAUCACACGCCUUAAAGAGCCCUAUGCAGAUCAUGAUGGCGGUAGACGUUCACCAGAAGACAGAGCUGGAGGCCAUGAUUCAUGACUUGGAGGAGGAAAACAGGACCCUUCAAGCAGAGUACGACCGCCUGAGAACGCAGCAGGAGCACAACAACAACGAGAACCAACUGCAAGUGAAGGACCCUGACCCAGAGUUGUUCACCAAUCAUGACGAGGAGAUGCUUGCCGAGGCCAAGUUGCUACGGCAACACAAGGGUCGCCUGGAGGCCCGAAUGAGGAUCCUUGAGGAUCACAAUAGGCAGCUUGAAGCCCAGUUACAGAGGCUGAGGACACUACUAGAACAGUCUGGUGACAAGAGCAUGUCCUUAUCAUCGUCCAUUCACGGUUCACUGCUCACCACUCCUAGUUCCUCCCACAGUUCGUUACCACGGGAACCAUCGGGGAAAUACUUCUCAGCUCACAUGGAAUCUGGAUCGCACAUGAACGGCCAUCAUUCAGCAAGCAUGGAGGACAACAGCCAGCUGGCUGCUCUGGGUGCAGAUAAUAACUUACCACCAUACAACCCAGACAGAGCCAGAGUUUCAGGCACAGGCAGUGUGGGUGAGCUGUUUAACCGGGCUGGUCAGGUCGGUAAAGCAGUUGGCUCCCUAGUAACAGUCAUGACUGAUGAGAAUGGUGAUGCCAUAGUGGAGGAGGACAACAACUUCUGACAUCAUCUGUGAUGUCAUCAAUAUGUGUGUAUCUGUUUGAAACAUGUGCAGGGAGGACAUGCUUUAAUGUGAAAAAUCCUACUGUGAUGUCAUCAGUUCAUGCGUAUGUGUCGAGAGUGAACUGAAAGAUUAAGUGACAUGGCCAAUUACAUUUUAAAUCUGAUGUUAUUAAGUAAAAUGGUUAUAAUUUUCGCUGAUGUCUUGAUGAUGUCAUAUUGUGCAUAUCAUUAUUAGCGAUUUUGAACAGUUACUUCAGAUAUAAAGUUGUUCUUUCCUUACCAUAUAUUGUUUCAGUAAAUUAAACAAAUUCUUAUUUCAUGUUGUACAGACUUACAUAUUAUACUUCUUUUUAACCAGGUUUCCAGAAGGAAAUAACUGGUUAUUAGAUUGGUGAAUGUCAGCGGGCGGGCAGAACCAGCUUGUCCGGGCCAUAACUAUGUUGUUCAUUGUGAGAUUUUAAAAUCAUUUGGCACAUUUGUUCACCUUCAUUGGACGGUGUGUCAUGCGAAAGAAUUAUGUCAAUAUCUGCAACAUCAAGGUCACACUUUGAGUUCAAAGGUCAAAAAUGGCCAUAAAUGAUCUUGUCCGGGGCAUAACUAUGUUAUUCAUUGUGAGAUUUUAAAAUUACUCGGUACAUUUGUUCACAAUCAUUGGACGGUGUGUCAUGCCAAAGAAUUACGUUGAUAUCUCCAAGGUCAAGGUCACACUUUGAGAAAAUAAUUGAAUUUGACACAAGGGGGGGUAACUAGGAACAAUCAGUAACAAUGCACGUUUUGAACUAUCUCCCUUUAUCAGACUUUUAAAUCAAGGUCGCCACAACUUAAAAUAGAUUGAAUUUUACACAAGAGGAGUAACUAGGAACAGUCAGUAACAAUGCUAAUUUUGAAUUGUCUCCCUUUAUCAGACUCUUUUUUUUUUUUUUUUUUUUUUUUUUUUUUUUUUUUUUUUCAAAUUGACAACCUGGUUUUGUGACAAUUUUGUCCCUUUUUAUUAAUUUCAAUUACUUAGAGGUAUAUAACUCUUUACUUUUUACUUUGCUUCAUCCUUAAAAAAAACUUGACAGUGAAUACUCAAUAAGACAAGCAUUCUUUUUACUUUGUUAAUAAACUUUUAGUUCCCGUUUUGAAAUUAAAUGUAUUAUAUACAAGUAGAAGAAUGUACGUAAAAAUAACUUCACUCAAAUUAUCUUUUAAAUACAUAAGCAUAAUCUUUAGUUGUCAAAAUUGUAGCCCUUGAUUCGGUUGCCUUAUAUUUUAAUAUGCCAUAAUAUGUUGAUUUGUGCAGCAUAUUCUACUGAAAUGCAUGGAUAUACAACUGUGAAUACUAUUGUUGGGAUAGUUGGUGGUAUUUAGGUGUCUUGAUGUUGUAUUGUUUAUGCAGCAUACGUUUUAGGAUUUCAUUAUUUUGUAUGGAGAUAUAUGGAUAAUUGCUAUUUUUAAAGUAUAGAUGCUUAUCAGAUUACAAUAUCACUGCCAAUGGUCAUGUUGUUUAACUGAACUAAUAAGAAGAGUCUGAUUGUACACUGUGUUCCUGCUCUGUUCUACUAUCACAGUAUGAUUUUGGUGGUCAGUAUGUGAAACAAUUUUCUUAGAAAUGAAAUUUACAUUAUUUUAAAUUGAUCCACUUAUAUUAAAACCAAUAUUUAAAUAUUAUGCUCUUUAUUUCUCAUUGUAUCUUUUUUGUUUUAUACAGUUGAUACUGGCAUGAUAUAUUUAUAGAAAUACAGUGUAGUGUUAAUAUUUAAACUUAAAAGUUAUAUAUAGAACCACCUAUUGUUUAUAUGGAAUCAUGUAUUAAUAUAAUAAGUUGUAGUUUCAUAACACAAUACAAUGUACACCAAGUUUAAUAUAUUUCCAUAUUAGCAUUAAUGGAAAAUUCUAUAUCAAUGUAAUAAUUAUUGAUAUUUUGAGUUCACAUAUAAAGGGAUGUUAAAAUUGCCCAGUUGUUCCCAUGCUUUCUAUAUAAGGGUCCCUCUUACACACACAAACGAUUUUAUAAAGGCAUUCUCAAUGUUGUUUUCACUGUAUUGCUUAAUAAUUUAUUUGUGAUUUGAUGGGCGUAGAACAAGUCCUAAUUGCUUUGUUGUUUCUCGUUCAAAUACUUUAAUAACCCACUUUUAUUGGUGCUUUAAUGUGUCAUAUUUUAAUAUUUUGUAUAUAUUUAAGUGUGACAUUGAAAUAAAAUUUCAAAUAAGUUAUUAAAAACAACAUAUACCAUUUAAAUAAGAAUUAAGUUAUUAUGAUUACUUUCUUACACUUAAUACUUCUUUAUGUAUUUUGUUUGUUUGCAUAUUUAAUAUUUGUCAGACAGAUGAAAUACUUGUGUUAGUCUGUUAGAUAGAAUAAUUAAUUUGGUAGGCAUGCUCCUUAGAAUUUUGCAAGGGUUUGUGGAAUUUGCCUGCCAUUUGAACUCCUUGCAUGUCACUAGGUUGCCAAACAUGUGUUGGAUUCCUGUAGAAGUAAGUAGCCUUUAACGUUGUUUUUAUACAUUAUACAUAAUUGUAUAUCUUAAUAUUUCUUGGUCUAGGCAUGGCCAUGGAUUUAUUUAGAACCUUAUUCUGAAUGACACAAAGUUCAUGAGUUGUGUUAAAUUUGUUGGCUGUAUAUGUUAUUUCCUCUGUAAUAUUGUAAAUUUGUUUACCAUUUUAUUUGUUUAUUUUACCCUAUUUAUGAGACAUUCGAGUACUUCCUUACACUUUUAUUUUCUCAUUGUUUAAGUAAAUCAUAAUUUACGUAUUCCGUAUAAUUUGAAUUUGUGUAUUCAUAGGUAUAUCUUAAAGUUUUGAAUUCUCAUUUGGUUAAGUCAUAGCACCUGUGUCUGGUUUCGAUUACAUGGGAACAUGAGUUGUGAUGAAGCACUUACAUAUAACUGAAUGGUUGUAUGUUCAGAAUUUGUGAUGUAUAUUUUACCACAAGAUUAUAACAUGUAAAUUAAAAAUAAAAUAUAAAAUAUG